GCUUGUAGUAAAUGAUCGACAUUCUGUACCAUUGUAAUUUCCAAUUGAAAUCGUACGUCUGGAUCCAGAUUGAAUAAGCGAGCGGCUUGUACUGAAGUACUGAAAUAUGGGUUUUCAGUAAUGAACUGUAAUCAUUGUUAGUGUUGUGUUAAUUACAACGCACGUUUUGCCGAAAUUAAAAUCCUGCUGGAACGGUUUUAUUUUUCAUAUUGAAUUGAAGUAUCAAGAUGAAUGUAUUGUUAUGUGCACACCUUUGUUAGAUGUACCUUUGCAUUGUUUUUCGUUGUCACACAUACCAACGCAAGCUUUACUAAACGUCAAAACAAUUCACAAGCCGAAUGCGCUUGUUUCGUGUGAAAAAUAAUUUGUGAAAAUUUGAUAGAAAAUAGGCGUAUUUACUAUUAGUACAUAUAAAAAACUUCGAUUAAAACAUUUCUGGAUUUGUAAUUGCGUAGAAACGCUUUGUUCAGAACUAUCUAUAACAGUACUACAACAGUAUGGCUGACGCAGCAGCAAGACAGCUUCAGUAUGAGUACAAGGCGAACUCAAAUCUUGUCCUACAAGCGGACGUUCGCCUGAUCGAGCGUCCGAGGCGCGAUGAGGCUACCGGUGAGGUUAUAUCGCUCGUUGGCAAACUCGAUGGUACCCGGAUGGGUGACCGUGCGCAACGCAGCAAACCGGAAAAAACGGAAGAACGUAAAGCAAAGCGCCAGAAGCGUGAUGAGGCGCAGUACGAUUUCAACAGCAUGAAAGGCGCUACCUUGCUGUCCGAGGGAAUCGAUGAGAUGGUCGGCAUCGUGUACCGCCCGAAAACGCAAGAGACGCGUCAAACGUACGAGGUGCUGCUAAGUUUCAUUCAGGAAGCGAUCGGUGACCAACCGCGCGAUAUUCUACGCGGUGCGGCAGAUGAAAUCUUGGCCGUGCUGAAGAACGAUCGUAUGAAGGAACGCGAAAAGAAGCGCGAAAUCGAUGGUUUGUUGGGCAGUGUGGCAGACGAACGAUUUGCACUGUUGGUGAACCUGGGUAAAAAAAUCACUGACUUUGGUUCGGAUGCGGCCACCGCGAUCGGUGGUGCGGGACAGGCUGGUCCCGGUGGUGAUGAACCGAUCGAUGAAACGUACGGCAUCAACGUACGCUUCGAAGAAUCAGAAGAAGAGUCGGAUGAAGAUAAGUAUGGUGAGGUGCGUGAAGACGAUGGACAAGACGAGGGCGAGGAAGCCCGCGAUGAUGGUAUUCUCCAUGCAGAAAAUCUUGGUGGUGGUGAGGACAUGAACAAAAAGGAAAAGGCACUCGACCCGCGAGACAUUGAUGCGCAUUGGCUACAGCGUUGCCUACGAAAGUACUAUAAUGAUUCAAUGAUGUCCCAGUCUAAAGCACUCGAGGUAUUGAAUGUGCUCAAAGAAUCCGGAGACGAUCGGGAGUGUGAGAACCAGCUGGUGCUGUUACUGGGCUACGAUUGUUUCGAUUUUAUUAAACAGUUGAAGAAAAAUCGUCAAAUGAUCCUCUACUGUACGAUGCUGGCCCAAUCGCAGAGUGAGAGUGAGCGUGCGAAAUUGCGCGAACGCAUGAAGGCGGAUGCAGCGCUAGCAAAGAUUCUGCGGCAGCUUGAUACUGGCAAACAGGAAGCGCAAGAAGGUCGAGACUAUUCCAAUGGAGGAGCAGACGGAACGGACACAAAACCGUCGCUUCGAUCGCGACGCGAUCGUGCCAUGGAUGAUAGCGCCAUGGACUUCAUGGAGGGAAAUGUGGGCAAUGGAAGCGAACGUGCGGCUGCUGGAGGAGGACAGAUUCUAGGUAACCGUACUGUGCUGGAGCUGGACGAGCUGGCAUUUACGCAAGGUUCACAUCUGAUGGCCAACAAACGUUGCCAGCUACCGGACGGUUCGUUCCGUAAGCAACGCAAGGGAUACGAGGAGGUGCACGUUCCAGCCCUAAAGCCACGUCCGUUCGAUGAAGACGAAGAACUGAUUGCCAUUGAGAAGCUUCCGAAGUAUGUGCAACCCGUUUUCAACGGGUUCAAAACGCUCAAUCGAAUUCAGAGCCGAUUGUACAAAAGUGCUCUGGAAAGCGACGAAAACCUACUCCUUUGUGCGCCUACCGGUGCUGGUAAAACGAACGUUGCCCUGCUUACGAUGAUGCGCGAAAUCGGUAAGCACAUCAACGACGACGGAACGAUCAAUGUGGAUGAGUUUAAAAUCAUCUACAUAGCCCCGAUGCGGUCAUUGGUACAAGAAAUGGUCGGUAAUUUUGGCCGUCGGUUGGCGACGUACAAUCUCACGGUGGCGGAGCUGACAGGCGAUCAUCAACUGAGUCGGGAGCAAAUUGCCGCAACACAAGUCAUCGUCUGCACGCCCGAAAAGUGGGACAUUAUCACACGCAAGGGGGGCGAAAAGACGUACACGCAGUUCGUACGUUUGGUUAUUAUUGAUGAAAUUCAUCUGCUGCACGAUGAACGUGGUCCCGUUUUGGAAGCGCUCGUUGCUCGUACAAUCCGCAACAUUGAAACCACCCAGGAAGAUGUGCGCCUGGUAGGACUUUCGGCCACGCUGCCCAAUUACCAGGAUGUUGCAACGUUCCUGCGCGUCCGUCCCGAAACGGGACUCUUCUACUUCGACAACAGCUACCGACCGGUUGCCCUGGAACAGCAGUACAUUGGCGUGACGGAGAAGAAAGCGCUCAAACGGUUCCAGGUGAUGAACGACAUUGUGUAUGAGAAGGUGAUGGAGCACGCUGGCCGCAAUCAGGUGCUGGUGUUUGUUCAUUCGCGCAAAGAGACGGGUAAAACGGCACGUGCCGUUCGGGACAUGUGUCUCGAGAAGGACACUCUCGGAACGUUCCUGCGCGAAGGUUCCGCUAGUAUGGAAGUGUUACGUUCCGAGGCAGAUCAAGUUAAAAACCAGGAACUGAAGGAUUUGCUACCGUACGGUUUCGCAAUCCAUCACGCUGGAAUGACACGCGUCGAUCGUACGCUGGUGGAGGAUCUGUUUGCCGAUCGACAUAUUCAGGUGCUCGUAUCGACGGCCACCCUUGCGUGGGGUGUGAAUCUUCCGGCACACACCGUCAUCAUCAAGGGUACGCAGGUGUACAAUCCGGAAAAGGGGCGAUGGGUCGAACUGGGCGCGCUGGACGUAUUGCAGAUGCUGGGUCGUGCCGGUCGUCCACAGUACGACACGAAAGGUGAAGGCAUUCUGAUCACAAAUCACAGCGAACUGCAGUACUAUUUGUCUCUGCUGAAUCAACAGCUGCCCAUCGAAUCGCAGCUCAUUUCCAAGCUUCCGGAUAUGCUGAAUGCCGAGAUCGUGCUCGGGACGGUGCAAAAUGUCAAGGAUGCCGUCACUUGGCUCGGAUACACCUAUCUCUAUAUUCGUAUGCUGCGCCAGCCGACCCUGUAUGGAGUGUCGAUCGAUGCGGUACAGGAGGAUCCACUGCUCGAGCAGUUCCGUGCGGAUCUCAUACACACCGCUGCGUUACAUCUCGAACGCAGCGGCUUGAUCAAGUACGAUCGCAAGAGUGGUCACCUGCAAGUAACCGAAGUGGGUCGAAUUGCGUCCCACUACUACUGUACGCACGAAACGAUGCUUACAUACCACCAGCUGUUGAAACCUACACUGAGUGAGAUUGAACUUUUCCGCGUUUUCUCACUGUCCGGAGAAUUCCGCAACAUUACUGUGCGCGAGGAGGAAAAGCUCGAACUGCAGAAGCUGAUGGAGCGUGUACCGAUCCCGAUCAAGGAGAGCAUGGAAGAACCGAGCGCUAAGGUGAACGUAUUGUUGCAAGCGUACAUCUCACAGCUGAAGCUGGAAGGUUUUGCUCUGAUGGCCGACAUGGUGUACGUUACGCAGUCCGCGUCCCGACUGUUGCGCGCAAUCUUCGAAAAUGUCCUUCACCGUGGUUGGGCCCAACUGGCGGACAAAUGUCUUACUCUUUGCAAGAUGAUCGAUCGUCGCAUGUGGCAAAGCAUGUCUCCGUUGCGCCAGUUCCGCAAAAUGCCCGAAGAAAUCGUAAAGAAAAUAGAGAAGAAAAACUUUCCCUGGGAACGGCUGUACGAUCUGGAGGCGAACGAAAUUGGUGAGCUGAUCCGUGUACCAAAGCUUGGCAAGACGAUCUAUCGCUACAUACAUCAGUUCCCGAAGCUGGAACUUUCGACGCACAUCCAACCGAUUACACGCUCGACGCUUCGCGUAGAGCUCACCAUCACACCCGACUUCCAGUGGGAUGAAAAAGUGCACGGCCAAUCGGAAGCUUUCUGGAUUCUGGUGGAAGAUGUCGAUUCGGAGGUGAUUUUACAUCACGAAUAUUUUCUGCUAAAGGCCAAAUAUUGCACCGAUGAUCAUCUGGUGAAGUUCUUCGUGCCCGUCUUUGAACCAUUGCCUCCGCAGUACUUUUUGCGAAUCGUGUCUGACCGUUGGAUCGGUGCCGAGACGCAGCUUCCCGUGUCCUUCCGGCAUUUAAUCCUUCCGGAGAAGAAUCUUCCACCGACGGAGCUGCUUGAUCUGCAACCGCUUCCGAUCAGUGCCCUGCGAGAUCCAUCGUUCGAAACACUUUACGCCGAUCGGUUCCCUCAGUUUAACCCAAUACAGACACAAGUCUUUAACGCGGUAUAUAACAGCGAAGAUAAUGUAUUUGUCGGAGCUCCCACAGGAUCGGGAAAAACUACCAUUGCGGAGUUCGCAGUGCUUCGAUUGCUCUCGCAAAAUCCGGCCGGCCGCGUAGUGUAUCUUGUCGCACGCGAUCCUCUCGCUGAUCUUGUGUUUCAUGAAUGGCAUCAACGAUUCGGACAAUCCGCACUCGGUUGCAAGGUGGUUAAGCUAACAGGCGAAACUGGAACCGAUUUGAAGUUGAUCGCCAAGGGUCAGAUUAUCGUAACGACAGCCGACAAAUGGGAUGUGCUUUCGCGCCGUUGGAAACAGCGCAAGAACGUUCAGAACGUGCAGUUGUUCAUCGUGGAUGAGUUGCAGCUGAUGGGAGGAGAAGAUGGUCCGGUACUGGAAGUGGCCUGUUCCCGGAUGCGUUACAUUUCAUCGCAAACCGAACAACCGAUACGCAUCAUCGCUCUAUCGGCUUCGUUAGCCGAUGCGCGCGAUAUUGCGCAAUGGCUUGGCUGUAGUACGAACGCUACAUUCAACUUCCAUCCCUCUGUACGGCCAAUUCCUUUGGAGCUACACGUACAGGGUCUCAACAUAACGCACAACGCAUCGCGUGUCGCCGCUAUGUCCAAACCGGUGUACAAUGCGAUCACCAAGUUUAGCCCUCACAAACCGGUCAUUGUGUUCGUCACGUCCCGCAAGUUGGCCCGGCUUACGGCAAUCGAUGUGCUGACGUACUGUGCGGCAGAGCUGCAACCGAAUCGUUUCUUCCACGCGGAAGAAGAAGAUAUCAAACCCUUCCUGGACCGGAUGACAGAUAAAACGUUGAAGGAAACUCUCUCCCAAGGUGUGGCGUAUAUGCACGAAGGACUAACUGCUUCCGAUCAACGCAUAGUGGAGCAACUGUUCGACUCCGGUGCGGUGCAGAUAGCUAUCUGUACUCGCGAUCUCUGCUGGGCGUUGAACAUAAGCGCACACCUGGUCAUUAUUAUGGAUACACAGUUCUACAAUGGCAGAAAUCAUUCCUACGACGACUAUCCGAUCACCGAUGUACUGCAAAUGGUCGGUCGUGCCAACAGGCCUUUGGAAGACGACGAUGCUAAAGCUGUCCUGAUGUGUCAGAGCUCGAAGAAAGAUUUUUACAAGAAAUUCCUUAACGAACCGCUACCGGUGGAAAGCCAUCUUGAUCACAGACUGCAUGAUCAUUUUAAUGCAGAGAUCGUCACAAAGACAAUUGAAAACAAACAGGACGCCGUAGACUAUUUGACGUGGACGUUUUUGUAUCGACGUCUAACGCAGAAUCCAAACUACUAUAAUCUGCAGGGUGUCACUCACCGUCAUCUGUCGGACCACUUGUCGGAACUGGUGGAAUCAACGCUCUCCGAUCUAGAACAAUCGAAGUGUAUCGGUGUGGAGGAUGAGAUGGAUGCUCUGCCACUUAACUUGGGCAUGAUUGCGGCAUACUACUACAUCAAUUACACUACAAUUGAGCUGUUCAGUCUUUCGCUGAACAGCAAAACAAAGAUUCGAGGUUUGUUAGAAAUCAUUUCAUCUGCGGCAGAGUAUGAGGAUUUGAUCGUGCGCCAUCAUGAGGAUAACAUUCUGCGAAGUUUAGGAUCCCGUCUGCCCAACAAACUGACCGGUCCGAAUGGUACUGCACCCAAGUACAACGAUCCACACAUCAAGACGAAUUUGCUGCUCCAGGCCCAUCUUUCCCGUCUGCAGCUGGGUGCUGAGCUUCAGGGCGACACUGAGCAGAUCCUUGGCAAAGCAAUUCGUUUGGUGCAGGCGUGCGUGGACGUACUUUCCUCUAAUGGUUGGCUAUCACCCGCCGUCGCCGCUAUGGAGUUGGCCCAGAUGGUAACACAGGCAAUGUGGAGCAAAGAUUCGUACCUCAAACAGUUGCCACAUUUUACCGCAGAAAUUAUUAAGCGUUGUCAGGAGAAAGGCAUCGAAACAGUGUUUGACAUUAUGGAGCUGGAUGAUGACGAUCGAUCACGUUUGCUCCAGAUGACUGAUCAGCAGAUGUCGGAUGUAGCACGAUUCUGCAACCGAUAUCCAAAUAUCGAACUGACGUUCGCAGUUCUCGACAAGGAUCGUAUCCAUUCGGGAUCUUCUGUCGAUGUGGAGGUUACAUUAGAGCGCGAAGACGAUGUAACAGGCCCAGUAAUUGCACCCUUCUUCCCACAGAAACGCGAAGAAGGCUGGUGGGUUGUAAUUGGUGAUCCGAAAACAAACUCACUACUGUCCAUCAAACGACUUACCCUACAGCAAAAGGCAAAGGUGAAGCUGAACUUCGUCGCUCCCAGCCCAGGCCACCACGAGUACACGUUGUACUAUAUGAGCGAUUCGUAUCUGGGUUGCGAUCAGGAGUAUAAAUUUUCCAUCAACGUUGGCGAUUUCCAGUCGGAGAGCGAAAGCGAAUCGGAUUAAAAUUAAUGUGGGCGAACAGAAUAUCAGUACAGCUCUGAUGACGAUUACUUUAAGACGGUUUGUAUAAUGCUAAUCGAAAUGAUACUGCGUCUUUAAAACAAUAUUUGUCACCACCAAAACAAUGGAAUAGAGGAAAGAUAUCUAUAAACCUAAACCUAA